AUGGGGCUGAAGAUAGGCCUUCUAAUUGUGACUUUUGGGUCUAUAGCUCUGUUAUGUGUCGCCUUCGUCCGUUUCAAGUCGCUGUGCCCUCCCUCAGUCCCUGCACAUCUGACGGACUUGGAUAGCCUUCUUGACCUACUACAUGAAUGGGAGACUCACGGAAUGUCAGGGUUAGCGGCACAGUCAGUCAGCCGGGUGGCUGCUGAGCUCGCAACAGCCAUGGCGGCAGCGCGCUCUGCCCAGACAACAUCACCUCCCACACUCGCAUCGCAAGCCACGUACUCCGCAUCCAACGACCUUGCCACCGAGCAGGCUGCUCUCCGUGCACUGUCCCUUGCCGGCACGCAAUGCCAUGUCGCCUGGCACACCGAAUACUGGGGCGAUACCGUCGUCUGGGGUAGCGCCCAUCACGCGCGCAGCGCAGCGGAGUGCUGUGCUGCCUGUUCGUCCCACCAGCUAGCCGCCUCACGUGGCGGACUGGACAAGGGCCCUAACAGCACAACGUGCAAUGUAUGGGUCUUCUGCGGUGACGCCGCACGCUGCGGGCCCCACUACCAGGAAUGCUGGCUCAAGUCCCUCGCAAAGCUGCCACCGCCGCCACAGCCGGGGGCUAACAGCAUGUGGACCUCCGGUGUGGUAUACCCCGGCGAUGAGUGGCUCCUGCCGUACCAAUCCAUGAAGACGCUGACAAUGCACUUACCUAUGGGAGAUGUGGUGGUAGAGUUGUUGCCUGACCUGGCCCCGCGGUCCGUGCACGAGAUCCGGCGACUGGCGGCCAUGUUGGCUGGCAGCGCUUGCGAUGGCUGCAAGCUGUACCGCGUGGAGACGAACUUCCUGGUGCAGGGCGUCUUGUUCCACCCUGGUGGUUACGUGGGCACCACGCGGCUGCCCAACCCGCAGCAGAAGAAGGUCAUGGAGCGCGGGCUGGCGUGCUGGGCUGGCUGCGGCGGCGGCCCCGACUUCUUCGUCAACCUGAUUGACCAGUCGGGCUUCGGUGACUGCCACCUUUGCUGGGGUUUCAUCUGGGAUAUGAGCCUGAUGGACGCCAUCGUGAAGCUGCCCACCAAGCCCAAGGCGAGCCCCAACGACAUGACCUUCCUGGCGCAGGAGCUGCAUUUCAACAUUACGCUCAGCUAGAAUUGACGACUGGGAGAGGGGGAAAUUGAGGAGGGGGAGACGAAAGCCUUCAUAUUGGAGGGCUGUUAUUUAUAUUCCGCUGAUGCGCAGCUGAUGCGCAAUGCUGCUGCCAGUGGCAUGCUCAGGUCGGGGGGCCCGGGGGCCGCUGUAUACUAGAGAGCUCUCGCGCUCCUCGCACGCGAAGCGCUGCUCGUAGGAGACAUUGCACUGCUGGAGCCGCGGCCCCGCGCAGUAACGUUGAUAGUGAAUUUCCUAAAGGAAGGUAGGUGGGCAAACGGGAUACGUUUUGAGAGCAUUAAAUUCCCAAAAACGUCUGCAGCAGCUGGCGCAAAGCCGCUUCCCCGUCACUCACAGCUUAAAUUGGGAUGCGGG